GAUCCGUGACCCAGGCACCCACGGGCCAUUCGUUGCAUCCAUCACUAAUGGCGGCGAUAUUGAUAGCUGACGUUCCACAAGGAAACCAACAGACGCAAUCCUCCGACAUAUAUCCGGAUCUAUUACAUAUAUCAAUCAAAAUAGGGACCCGAUUUCCCAACAAAAAACAAUCGCGGUCUAGAGAAGCUUCGAUGUGGCUCGUGGUUCGCUUGAGCGAUCUGUCUAGAUCUCGAGGGCCUAUAAUCGUGACCGAAGGGCGAUGUUGCCAAAUCAAACAGUGCGCUUACAGGCGGCAAAGCCUUGUGAAGCUGGGACAGGUACCAGGGACGAUUCCCAUCCAAGUUAAUGGAAAGAAAUAUUGGUGCAAUUGGUCAUGGAUCUUCUCACCAUAUUUUCAGUCAGCUCAUGGCACGCUGCCUUGUGGAACACAGCAGGUGAUAGUGUAUGUCCGAGCUCAAGUAGCGGCCCCUCAUGUCAGAGGGAUCGAGGUGGAGAUGCUAAUUGCCUGAGGGAGACUGCACCUGUUAGAUGCGGCGAGUUUGCGUGAAAUGGAAAUGUGUUUCACGGUGUGACCAACGGUGUGACCAACGGCGUUGCCUGGGACGACUCGUGGCUUCUUUGCCUCCAGUGGCAAGUGGCGAAGUCGUAUAGACAAAAUCUCGAGUAUAUGUGAGAGCUGGCGGCGCCGCUGAACCAAAGGCAUAUAUCAACUGCUUGUCGACAUACUUCUUGGACUGAUACUCGGUACACCGCCCAGCUCUAUCACGUCAACUUGCCCUUUUGUUAUCUUUCGCAGCCAAUUGUUUGACGAG